AUGUCGUGGUUAUUUGGGUAUAGCCGGCCACAGAUGCCACCUGCGGAUGAACCGCCGGCAGACGGUGGAGACUCCGGCUCAACCGCACCACCAGUGAACCUAACGAAAGCUGAAAAAAGGGCUAUGGAAGCCUACAGAUUCGACUCCAGCGCACUUGAGCGAGCUGCUCAGGCUGCUAAGGAGCUUGAAAGAUCAAAACAUGCAAAAGAAGCUUUAGAAAUCAGCAAGUUGCAAGAGAUAACUCGCCAGCAAGAGCAGAUGGCAAAGAUCAAGGAGUAUGAAGCAGCCAUAGAGCAGUCAAGAGUUGAACAGAAAAAAGUUGACUAUGAGGAGCGACGGAAAACACUACAGGAAGAAACGAAACAGCAUCAGAUGAGGGCACAGUAUCAAGAUCAACUUGCCAAGAAGAGAUAUGAAGAGCAGCUUGUGCAGCAGCAGAAGUCUCAAGAGGAAAUAUUAAGAAAACAAGAAGAAAGUGUGGCAAAGCAGGAAGCACUCCGUCGUGCAACCAUUGAGCAUGAAAUGGAACUCCGUGAGAAGAACAAGUUGAAAGCAAUUGAAGCAGAAGCCCGUGCAAAGGCAAAGGCUGAUCGAGAGAAUCGGGACAUUGCUCUUGAACAAAUUAGACUAAAGGCAGCUGAAAACAGGACGACUAUUUUGGAGAGUAUCAAGACUGCAGGGUCGGUAAUUGGUACAGGUUUGAAUGCACUUGUAACAGACUGGGAUAAGACCUUGGCUGCGGCUGGUGGCUUAUCGCUUUUGGCGCUUGGUGUGUACACAGCGAAGGGUGCCACCUCUGUCACAGCAAGGUUCAUUGAAGCCAGGAUAGGUAAACCAACGCUUGUCAACGAAACUUCUAGAUUUUCCUUACUGGAGGCAAUCAAGCACCCUAUCCUCACGGUGUCAAAGGCCGUCGCCAGCUUCAGGAAACCCUCAGAUGCCUUAGCGGGCGUAGUGUUGGCACCUACCCUCGAAAAGAGACUUAGAGACAUCGCCAUAGCCACUAAGAACACGCGCUUGAACAAAGGAUAUUAUAGGAAUUUGCUGAUGUAUGGCCCUCCUGGUACUGGAAAGACUUUGUUUUCAAAGAAACUAGCGAAACAUUCUGGAAUGGACUAUGCAAUACUUACGGGCGGUGACGUUGCGCCUAUGGGCAAAGAUGCGGUUGCAGCCAUACACAAAGUAUUCGACUGGGCUAAUACGAGUAGAAAGGGUGUACUCCUAUUUAUUGAUGAAGCGGAUGCGUUCCUCCGCAAACGUUCCUCAGAGCGAAUUAGCGAGGACCUCAGAGCAGCUCUCAAUGCAUUCCUCUACCGAACUUCGGACCAAAGCAGCCGCAUCAUGCUGGUGCUGGCUUCAAACACUCCGCAGCAGUUCGACUCUGCUAUCAAUGACCGUUUGGACAAGAUGAUUGAGUUUGGUCUACCAGGUUACGAAGAAAGAGAGAGACUUAUACGUUUGUACUUCGAUAAGUUUGUGUUACAGCCUGCUUCAGAGGGUAAACGGCGUCUCAGCGUAGAUCAGUUCGACUACGGGGCGUUGUGUGCAAAACUAGCGGCUCGUACUGCGGGUAUGUCUGGCCGCGCGUUGUCUAAACUGGGAGUGGCUUGGCAGGCAGCCGCCUACGCUUCUGAUGACGGGCGUCUCACAGAACAGAUGUGCAUCGAGAUAUGCGAUGAUGCUGUCGCCGAUCACCGACAGAAGAUGGAAUGGCUGUCUGAGGAAGAAAAAUCACGAAGUAUGAUGCCUUAUCUCCUAGAUUUACCUCCUCUGGACCAUCCGGAAACAGGCAAAGUGACCGUUACGGAAAUACCCAACACUAAUGAAGAGGCCACGAGGCAAACAAAACAAGGCAAUGAUAAGACUGUCCCAAAAAAGUCCUCAAGAGACAUAGAACAGGAGAAGUGA